UCGCCUCCUCGCCGGCCCGGCCACCUCCUGCAGCAGCUGCUCUGUCCGUGAGGGGAGCGCAGCCCGGCGCCCCGCCACGGCGCCUAUGACCAGAGACUUCUGAAGCCCUGACUGUCCAGGGUGCAGCUUCCGGCGAUGAAUUCCAGCGCCGCCUCUCUCAAUGAGUCCCAGGUGGUAGCAGUGGCGGCCGAGGGAGCGGCGGUGGCUGCAGUGGCAGGGGCGCGGGACACUGGAGAGUGGGGGCCCCCUGCAGCUGCGGCGGCGCUAGGAGGCGGCGGCGGAGCUAACGGAUCGCUGGAGCUGUCGUCGCAGUUGAGUGUGGGGCCACCGGGACUGCUAUUGUCAGCCGUGAAUCCAUGGGACGUGCUGCUGUGCGUGUCAGGGACGGUAAUCGCGGGCGAGAAUGCGUUGGUGGUGGCGCUCAUCGCAUCGACCCCGGCGCUGCGCACGCCCAUGUUCGUGCUGGUGGGCAGCUUGGCCACCGCGGACCUGCUGGCGGGCUGCGGCCUCAUCCUGCACUUCGUGUUCCAGUACGUGGUGCCCUCGGAGACCGUAAGCCUGCUCACCGUCGGCUUCCUCGUGGCCUCUUUUGCCGCCUCAGUCAGCAGCCUGCUGGCCAUCACGGUGGACCGCUACCUGUCCCUCUACAAUGCACUCACCUAUUACUCGCGCCGGACCCUGUUGGGCGUGCACCUCCUGCUUGCAGCCACCUGGACCGUGUCCUUAGGCCUCGGGCUGCUGCCAGUGCUGGGUUGGAACUGCCUGGCAGAGCCGGCCGCCUGCAGCGUGGUGCGUCCCCUGACACGCAGCCACGUGGCGCUGCUGUCCUCCGCCUUCUUCGCGGUCUUUGGCGUCAUGCUGCACCUGUACGUGCGCAUCUGCCAGGUGGUCUGGCGCCAUGCACACCAGAUCGCUCUCCAGCAGCAUUGCCUGGCGCCGCCCCACCUCGCCGCCACCAGAAAGGGCGUGGGCACGCUGGCCGUGGUGCUGGGCACUUUCGGCGCCAGCUGGCUACCCUUCGCUAUCUAUUGUGUGGUGGGCAGCCACGAGGACCCGGCCAUCUACACCUAUGCCACCCUGCUGCCUGCAACCUACAACUCCAUGAUCAAUCCCAUCAUCUAUGCCUUCCGCAACCAGGAGAUACAGCGCGCUCUGUGGCUCCUGUUCUGUGGCUGUUUCCAGUCCAAAGUGCCCUUCCGCUCCAGGUCCCCCAGUGAGGUCUGAAGGGCUCCCUCUGCUCCUUCACCAACACCAUGGCCCCAGCAAGCCAGCCUUUGGUGAGCGACUCGGUGCCUGCUAAUGAACUCUGAGAUCCCAACUGUGUGACUCUGACUUUGGAAAGAAAGAGGGAAGGACGGUGAACGCAGCAAACUCACACGGACAAAGAGGCUUGUUGGCACUUUACAUAUACAGUGUAUACACAUGUACAUAUAUAUACAAAUAUUUGUAUAUGAUAUCUGGAGGUAUUCAGGAUGUGGAGCUUCCUGUUCUGUGAAAAACUAACCAAAAGAUGUGUUUGUAUACUCAAAUUGUACAUCACAUUUGUCAAGCAAAGACAUUCCAAUCCGGCUUAAUUAUAGCACUUUAUUUUUAGCUGCUGAACUGCCAAAACAGUGUUGCCAUUUUCAAGGGCAGGGGAAAGGGAGUAAAAGGUGUAUUUUUGUUGUAUGUGAUAGAAUAUUUUGCUGCACAUGCAUCAACAAAUUACAACAUAUUUUGU